ACCGAUGAUGGGGGAUGUUUUCCAGCCCAGAGUUCUGCUGCACCGAUUAGAUGUUGCUCAGAAGCGGAUUGUUAAAGAAGCUUCUUUAGACCAAAGACCUCGUGCUGACCUGCAUCAGCCAAGUCCCCCACACUUAAAGAAGGAAGAGAAGGGAGUCUACAUCAGUCUGCGAGGAGAGGAGCUCAAUGGGAAGGAGGUGAUUAAUACUAUCAGGUUUCCAGUUGCUGCUCCCAUAAAGACUCUGGAUGAUGAAGAGUCCCUGCUACUCUCACAACUUUAUCCAGACCAAAUUAAAGGUAGAGAGCUUCCAGAGGAGAAUGAUGGAGAAGAAUCCAUCAGGAUACAAGAUAAUGGAGAUGAUUCAAUUUCUUCAGAGCCUGAAGACACUGAGAAGGAUGAAGAGGACAGUGAUGAAGAGCACCCUCUCUCUGGGCUGACAAAGUUGUCAGAAACUGGAUAUAAGAAAUGUUCUUCAGACAAGAAAAAUGUGGACUCACAGAGAAAAGUCCAGACAAGAAUGAAGCUUAGCUGCGAAGACUGUGGUAAAACAUUUUUUGGAAAAUGCGCUUUAAACAUACACAAAGUAAUCCACACAGGACAGAAGCCUUUCUGUUGUGAUCUAUGUGGAAAAAGUUUUAGCCAAAAAGGGUAUUUAAAAAUACACUCGAGAAUCCAUGCAGGAGAGAAGCCUUUUGGUUGUGAUCUGUGUGGAAAAGGUUUUGGCCAAAGAUCUAAUUUAAAACGACACAUGACAGUCCAUACAGGACAGAAGCCUUUUUGUUGUGAUCAAUGUGAACAAAGAUUUAGCCGAAAACAAAAUUUAAACAUACACAUGAGAAUGCAUACAGGACAGAAGCCUUUCUGUUGUGAUCUAUGUGGAAAACGUUUUAGCCGAAAAGCAAGUUUAAAAAUACACAACAGAAUCCACACAGGACAGAAGCCUUUCUGUUGUGAUCUGUGUGGAAAGAGUUUUAGCCAAAAAGCAUAUUUAAAGAUGCACACAAGAAUCCACACAGGACAGAAGCCUUUCUGUUGUGAUCUAUGUGGAAAAAGUUUUAGCCAAAAAGGGUAUUUAAAAAUACACUCGAGAAUCCAUGCAGGAGAGAAGCCUUUUGGUUGUGAUCUAUGUGGAAAACGUUUUAGCCAAAAAGGGUCUUUAAAAAUACACACAAGAAUCCAUAAAGGAGAGAAGCCUUUCUGUUGUGAUCAUUGUGGACAAAGAUUUAGCCAAAAAGAAACUUUGAACAUACACAUGAGAAUCCAUACAGGACAGAAGCCUUUCAGUUGUAAUCUAUGUGGGAAAAGUUUUAGCCAAAAAGCGUAUUUAAAAAUACACACACGAAUUCAUGCAGGACAGAAGCCUUUCAGUUGUGAUCUAUGUGAAAAAAGUUUUAGCGAAAAAGGAACUCUAAAUAAACAUAUAAGAAUCCACUCAGGACAGAAGCCUUUCAGUUGUGAUCAAUGUGGACAAAGAUUUAGCCGAAAACAAAAUUUAAACAUACACAUGAGAAUCCAUACAGGACAGAAGCCUUUCUCUUGUGAACUAUGUGAAAAAAGUUUUAGGCGAAAAGAAAGUUUAAAAAAACACACGACAAUCCACACAGGACAGAAGCCUUUCUGUUGUGAUCUAUGUGGAAAAAGUUUUAGCCAAAAAGCAAAUUUAAAAAUACACAUGAGAAUUCACACAGGACAGAAGCCUUUCUGUUGUGAUCUAUGUGGAAAAAGUUUUAGCCAAAAAGGGUAUUUAAAAAUACACACGAGAAUCCAUGCAGGAGAGAAGCCUUUUGGUUGUGAUCUAUGUGGAAAACGUUUUAGCCAAAAAUCAAUUUUAAAUGGACACAUGAGAAUCCAUAAAGGACAGAAGCCUUUCUGUUGUGAUCAUUGUGGACAACAAUUUAGCCAAAAAGAAACUUUAAACAUACACAUGAGAAUCCAUACAGGACAGAAGCCUUUCAGUUGUGAUCUAUGUAGAAAAAGUUUCAGCCAAACAUCACAUUUAAAUAGACAUAUGAGAAUCCAUACAGGAGAGAAGCCUUUCAGUUGUGAUCUAUGUGGAAAAAGCUUUAGCCAAAAAGCACAUUUAAAAACACACACGAGAAUCCAUACAGGACAGAAGCCUUAGAGUUGUGAUUUAUGUGGACAAAGAUUUCCCAAACAUCAAAUUUAAAUAGACACAUGAGAAUCCAUACAGGAGAGAAAAUGUCUCGGCGAUGAAAACCAACUCAAACACAGCUGUAGUUUGUUGAUAGAUGUUUGUGCGUUGUCAUCAAACGCACAAGGUUUUCAUUUGGUAGUUUCAGCAUUUCUGUUGUAGCUAAUCUUUAGAGUUGUUAAAACAUUUUAAGUUUUUUAUUUAUUUUGUUCAGACUGAGCUGUAGUACAUCUGUGUUGUCAGUCUAUGCACACUGCUGCAACCACUAAACUCAAGUUAAUGUAAACAAUAGCCACAGGAUGUGCCCGUACGUGUAAUUUCUGGUCGAUCUUUCACAACAGUGACCUCUAGCUUCCUAAGUUACCCAUUUGAGUCAUUUUUUUCCAGGAGAAAUAACAUUAUUAAAUCAAGUGACUUAGACAAAUUUAUUAUGAUUUUGUAUGCACAGGGUGUAUACUAAAACGAAAUUUUGUUGCAUACAACUUGUGACAGUGUCGUGAGAUUGCAGAUGGAAUAUAGAUAACAUUACAGUAUAAAGUGCAGCAGUGUUCAGAAUGUGACAAUGUAGGAGAAAUAACUAUUUAAUAUAAUGGUGCAAAAAGCAUUAAUAUGUCAGAGUUCAGUGUUGCGCAAAUAUGGUGCAAAAUGCAGUAAAAUUGUUGAGUUGUGUCCUAUUUAAAAGGAUCAUUAAAGUUCGACACGCAGCGCUGGGAUGAAAUGUACUUAGAGGGAAAAGCAGCCCCAAUUAUCCUUAUUGCUGUCCUCACCACUCUCCUCACGUUCUUCCAAUCAGAGGCGCUAUACUUUCCACACCAAACAGAGAGACAGCUGGGGCUCGUUCUUCGUGAGACAGGUAUACUUAAAAUCUUAUUAAAUUCCAGCAACGAAAGACCUUGCAAAAAAAACAAACAAUAUACAAACUAUUCUCAUGUCUAAAGAGAGAAAAUGUAAUACAACAUAUCUAAAGGUUAAAUGGGAAAAAGAAGCUAAAAUAACAAUAACUGAUGAUGUUUGGUUAAAUAUUUGUAAAUCUGUGAUCCACACGUCAAGUUCUGACCUAUGGAGGGAAUGGACCUUACCAGAGGGGCCGCUUUUCAUUGGCUGAUGCCCAUUCUACGUCAUAGAGUGGCUACAACGUUCGAAGAAGUCUCACAAACACAAGCUAAUGUAGUGCUAGACUACUGC